CACUUCCUAUGGAAUUGCUUUAUACCAGUUAGGAACAUUGACAUUCAGUUUUAACGUCAACUAUGCCUGUCCUUUUCUAAUUCUUUUUCCGGUCUGCCAUUGGGAUCGAAAGUGAACACAUUUCACUGAGUCAUGGGUAAGAUUAUGAAGCAAGGUAAGGUUGUACUCGUCCUCGGGGGACGGUACGCCGGUCGUAAAGCGAUAAUCCUAAAAACAUUCGACGACGGUACCUCGGACAAACAGUUUGGACAUGCUCUCGUUGCUGGCAUUGAUCGGUAUCCUCGGCGGGUGACUCGUCGUAUGAGCAAGGCCCGCAUCCACAAGCGCUCCAAGAUAAAGCCUUUCGUCAAGGUCCUGAACUACAACCAUUUAAUGCCGACGCGCUAUAGCGUACCGGACGUUAGCUUGGACACAAAAUAUUCUGCCAAGGAUCUCAAAGAUCCUGCCAAACGCAAGAAGGCUCGUUUCCAGAUCCGCGUCAAGUUCGAGGAUAGGCAUAAAUCGGGUAAGAACAAAUGGUUCUUCCAAAAACUGCGAUUCUAAACGUGAUUGAUUACGUUAAGUGAAUAAGGAUUGAAGGAUGCUAUGUAAUAAAACAAAAAGGAAAA